GCCUCAGUCCAAUCACUGACAUAUUUAGAAUUGAUACUGAUGGUCUCUACACUGUACAAUACAGUAGGCCUUUACAGUAUCUGUCAGUGAAUGAGAUGAGUUCAAUGUCUAUCGAUCAGCUCAGGGAAUCGUUUGUACGUGAAUCCAUUCAACUUUACUUGGAAGACACUUCUCUUCUCUCAAAACCAAAAAAAGAAGAAGUAAAAGUUGAUUACACUGUCCACCUCGAAGCCUGUGGCAGUGCUAGCUUCGUUGGUGAUAGGAACAACAGUCAAACACUGGAUGCUCAUAAGAGGCUCUGUGGUGGUAUUGAUAAAGCUAAAGCUGGAACUGGUAACAAUAAUAUAUAUGUUACAUGGUUUGGUACAUAUGAUGGUGGAAGGGCUGCCACAGUUAAGAAUGUGUACCAGAAAAUGAGAGAUGGCAUAACAAACAAAGUCUGCACAUACCACAACAAUGGUCCAUCAUGUCAGUCUAACUGGUAUGCCUACACGAGAAAGGGAAUUCAGACUGUGUACCUCUGUAAUGUUUAUUAUGGAGAUCAAACAUAUUGCAGUAAGUCUGGUGAGAGCAAGGAAGGUACACUGCUCCACGAAUGGUCCCACGCUUAUGGCUACAUUGACGAUGUUGCUUACGGUCGUUCUAAUUGCAAGAGUUUAGCAAGGAGAGACCCUUCUGGUGCCAUCAGGAAUGCUGAUACUUACCUGUAUCACUAUUGUGAUCUGCAGUAAGGAGCUCAUCAGCUAAAAGCCAAGAACUUUAGGACUCAUGCAACACUAUAGGACAUGCACAGUUUAUUUUUGC